AUGGAGCAUGAUCUAGCGAUUCAGCAAGCACUGCCAUUCGGCAUGAAGAGGAAUCGGCUGGCCGAAUUCCUCACCGCAGAUGCCUUGGUUGCUGCCGGUUCAGCAGCCUUGGUCACCCCCGCCGUGAUGAUUCUUGACCGGCUCGUGGUGGAAAAAUCCUCCCAUAAUCAACCGCUUCUCCCGGCGUUUCGCCGACAUCUGUGGCUCUCCCUCACCCAACCCGCAACAUUCCUUACCUCUCGUCCGAGCCUCCUGGUCUGGUCUCUCUACACCGCCACCUUUGCAACGGCCAAUGCCACCGAAACCAUCCUGGGCGAGGUCUUCCCUCACAUCGACCACGCCAUCGCCACGACGUCGACCUUCCUGUCCACAUUCGUCGUGAACUCCUCGGUGGGCAUCUGGAAAGACGUCAAAUUCGCCCAGCUCUUCGGCCAGAACCACAAUGCAUCACUCAACAAGACCACCACUCCUCCUUCGACGAACUCUCCCCCACCUCCCUCGACCACCAGCAAGAUCCUCCGCUCCGCCCGCUCCUUCCCCGUGGCCACCUACUCCGCCUUCUUGAUCCGCGAUGCCCUCACCAUCUUCGGCUCCUUCAGCCUCCCUGCCAUGGUCUCCGCCUCCAUCCCGGACUCGGUGGCCUCCCGCGAAUACCUCAAGAUUCUCCUGGCGCAGCUCGCAAUCCCCGCGUCCAUCCAGCUGAUCAGCACGCCGAUCCAUCUCCUCGGCCUCGACCUAUACAACCGGCCCAUGGCCUUAUCAGCACGUGACCGUGCGAGUCGUGUGAGCCGCGAUUGGAUCGGGGCCUCCCUCCUGCGCAUGUGCCGCAUCAUCCCGGCAUUCGGCAUUGGCGGGUUCGCCAACACCGAGGGACGGGCUUUUCUGCACCAGCAGCUGCGGCUCCACGACGAGGAAUACGCGAGCGAGUGA